AAAAAUAUUUUUUUAAUAUAAAAAACAAAAAAAAAAAAGAAGAAGAAGAAGAAGAAUAAGCCUUAUAUACACGCAAGGAAUGAAAUCGGGAGCCUAAAAAAAUCAGCCAAUGGAAUAAUUGUCUGCCAAAAACUAAUUAAAAUUGUCAUUCGGCCCCCCUGACUCGGUUCACCUCACCGCCAACCCCGUCCCAAAAGGUAAAACAAGUCUCACACCAACCAGGACUCUGAAGAAGAAGAAUAAGGCAGUUUCAAAGGAAUAAAUAGAGCAAAAAUAAAGUGGCAGGGCUCAAAAUUCAGUGGGAAGAAACAAAAAAAGAUGGACUUGAGUCGGGUGCAUAAAGAGCUUCGUGAAUGCAACAAAGACGUUGAGGUUUCCGGCAUACACAUCGCCCUGAAAUCCGACUCACUCACUCACUUGGUCGGCACUAUUCCGGGCCCUCUUGGUACUCCUUAUGAAGGUGGCACUUUCAAGAUUGACAUCAUUCUCACGGAUGGAUACCCUUUCGAGCCACCUAAAAUGAAGUUUGUCACAAAAGUCUGGCACCCCAACAUAAGCAGUCAAAGUGGAGCCAUAUGCUUGGACAUCCUGAAAGACCAGUGGAGCCCUGCACUUACUUUGAAGACCGCACUUCUUUCUAUUCAGGCAUUACUCUCUGCUCCUGAACCUGGUGAUCCACAAGAUGCUGUGGUUGCGCAACAGUACUUAAAGGAGUACCCAACAUUUGUCAGCACAGCACGUUAUUGGACCGAAGCUUUUGCUAAAGAGUCAUCUCUUGGAGUUGCGGAGAAGGUGUCUUUAUUUCUUCCUACGUACUCUUCUUUGCAUAUUCCCUACUUGAACUUGUGCCAGUUUUAUUUAGCUGCCUAAGAGAGAAGGAUGCCAAGAAAUUUUGCCUCCGAGUUACCAAUACGAAUUGCAAUUUCAUAGAUGUAAACCUUUGGUAACAUUGAAAUUUGAAACUCAGUUGGAUAUUUGUUGUUUGUAGGUGCAACGGCUUGUGGAGAUGGGCUUCCCUGAAGAUUUAGUGAGGAGUGCUCUUGAAGCGGCUGGUGGUGAUGAGAACUUGGCCCUCGAGAAGCUUUGCACGGCGUAAAACCUGUUGCUUUGCUUCUGCUGAAAGUUGAACUCAUUUUUUAGUUGUAGAAGUGUCCUGCAGAUGCAGGAGAGACUAAAACUAUAGAGGCUGAAAGCAGUUAUCUGAUCAUAGGUUUCCAUACUCUCAAUGACUGAUUGAAAGGUUCCUUGUAGAAUUGUAGGGAAAAUGUUCUGAAAAUGUAUGUUAACUCAAAUUCCCUCCUCUACUCUGAUGUUUGAUUAUUUACUUACUUAUUGUUCUAUAUACACACUACAACUGAAAUUGUAGAGUAAAUAAAACGUAAAAGUUUAGAGGACA